AUGGAACUCCUCAAGCUCGCGUUGCUUUCCCUGGCGGCAUUCUCGAACCCAGUCCAAGCCCUUCAAGUUGUAAAUCAUAUUCCUCACGGCAGGAGACAGGUCGUCGGCUUUAACAGCACGACAUCAUCGGCCGCAACAAGCUCUGCACUGCAAAUUACGUCUUCAUCUACCAGCUCAAUCACCCAAGCAGGAAACCCGUCAACUAGCACAGUCGGGACCGAAAUACUCUCGUCUACCUCAAUCACCCAGCUAGCAGGAUCUCAAAGUUCGAUAGGGAUCUCCUCGGUAAGAGGAGAGUCAGGGAUAGGCAGCUCAUUGUCGACGACAUCAGACGAAACCAGUUCGCAGAUCUCGGCCGCCGUAGGAAGCAUACUGACCCUUACCAAUGGCACAACGCAAACCACAGCCCUUGUCACCGCGACAGAUGUGAUGACCUCGCAACCCAGCAGAUCAUCUUCAUUCACUGGAGCAUUGACACCGUCCACUGCUUCUACUCGAGAUUCGACGUCAGUAGGUUUCAACAUCGCGGCCUCUGGCAACCAAACUCGUACUGUGUUCACGGCGUCUUUACCGGCAACUCCCACGAGUGUCAGAUCAUUCUUUCCUAUUAGCAACGUUUCAAUAUCCGCGUCGCCCAGCGGGAACUACACGAAUGGAAAUUAUAGCGGCUCGCCCACAGACGACGGCGGGGGGGAUUAUGUGACUUUGACACUCAAGGGUGGUUACGAGCCACCUGUUGUCUGCAUAUCGACUACACAAGGCGCCGUACCGACAACUUGGUCAAUAGUAUACACGACAACAACGACAAUCUUCGGGGAUCCGACGGGUUACACUCCACCGGAACCCGAAAUCACGAUCCCAAUCACCUGCAGUCCUGCAGGUCUGGAAGAAGGCAAGGGUAAGACAAAAGUGUCUGCGAGUGUUUCGUGUACCUCAGAGGAUGGUGUGGAUAUUUGCACAACCGAAGCUCCUCAGUUUCCAACCUUCAGUUCAACUCUUGGUCCAGAAACGACUGUUACCUUUGUCACUACGGCCAAAAAUCCCUCCGUGGUCUUCUCACCUAUCAGUACACCCCGAUAUGGUCACGAUCCUGAGACACAAGCCCCGCAAAACAGGCGCUCAUCUGCGAAACCCACAGCAGAAUCCACGCCGAAACCGACGCCUUCGACUCAGUCACCCAAUAACGAUCCGAGACCACCUGGCUCGCCACGUGAAAGUGCCAAGGAACCGCCCAAGGCUACCUACAUGAUUACCGUAGCGCCAACCAAGAUCAUCAUCAACGACCAAACUUUUACGCAGACCGACCCUUCAGAGACGACUAAGGUGACAGUGAACGGCGAUGAAUUCACAAUCAACCCAAGCGAGGUCAUUGGGGGUGGUACGGUCGUCGAUCGGCCCGGCAACGUCGGCCGAAGCACCAUGAUUCCAUCCAGCACGGUGGUGGGCGACUUGCCUAUUGUGAUUGCGCCCGCAGGAACGCAAAACGUUGUUGUCGUCGGUGGGACGACGUUUGGGGUGCAGGCUACUCCCAUAACGGCUGUGGUUGAAGGCCAGACGAUCACUAUUGAGCCAUCCGCCGUCAUUGUCCCGGAUCCAAACGCUCCAAUCGGCGGUGCAGCUCCGGUAACGACAGUGGUGAAAGGGCAGACCAUCACACUUGUGCCAUCAGCGGCCGGUGCUCCCGGGGAAACUGUUUCAUCCGGCCGCGCUGCUCCACUGACGACCGUGAUCGAUGGGCAGAAGACGACAAUCCAGCCAUCCGCAGUGGCCGUCCCCAAACGAACCGUUUCGAUCAGCCGCGCGUCCCCGGUCCAAACGGAGAUCGUCGUGGCAGGCGGCGAGAUGAUUACUGCCAUUGGCCCAUCCGUGGUCGUCAUUCGGUCGACCACGUUUACAUACGGACUAGUUUCAACAGUCAUCACAAAGGUUGUAGAUGACGAUACUAUCUCAAUAGGACCCUCAGGGGUUUCUGUGCGCAAUAUCACUGUGGGAGGUCCUGGGGCAAAGGCAACGGACACCACCUACGAGAUCGUGGGCGGCGCUUCAGUCACGCAAGUCGGGACAUCGGUGGUGGUCGUAGACGGCACAAGCUUCACCGUGGGGCCAGGAAAGGGGACAACGACAAAGGUGUUUGGCGGCGAGACCAUCACGAUUGGUCCGUCCGGCGUGGUCGUUUCGACGAUUACUCUUCCGUACCCGUUUGGGCCGACGGUGAUUACGACAAUCGACGUGCCCUCGACGGCGGCGGCGCCGUCGCCGGUGCCGUCUGAGACGAAGAAGAAUGGUGGUGGUGCCGUCAGGCCGGCGAGGGCAUUGACGGGGUUGCAUUUAGAGGUUUGCAUAGCGAUCGGCGUCUGGGUUCUGGGGCACAUGUUUUGA